GUCAAAGUCAAAAUAGGCCAAAUAAAUUAAAAUGGGGGAAGUGUUUUCUUGAUAGCCUAUAGAUACAAGAAGUUAUAUGUAUGUGUUUAUGAGUUUGGGUGUAUGUAUAUUGUUAGAGUGGAGUUGAUAAGAACUUGGAUAAUCAUCAUAUCAUGUGCUAGUUUUGGGGAUUGAGUUAGACUUAAGUUUCUCAUAUCCUUAUAUGGUAUUGAGGUUAGGUCCAUUAUCCUUGUUUGGACUCUCGGGCUCGUGGUCCAUGCUUUAGUUGGUUCUAGACGUGAAGGGUGUUAGAGUGGGCUUAUAUGAACUUAGACAAUUAUCCCUCGUGAGCUAACUUUUAGAGUCAAGAAGGGUGUUAGAGUGGCUUAUGUGGACUUAAGACAAUUAUCCCUCACGAGCUAACUUUUAGAAUUGAGUUAUACUUAAGUGUCGUAUCUUUAUUUGGUAUUUCCUGUUUAGGCUCCCAGUCUAUGCUCCAGUUGUGCCUUAUGAAGGGGUGUUAGAGUGGAUUUAUAUAGACUUGGGCAAUCCUCCUUUCUGCACUAACUUUUGGGAUUAAGUUAGGUCUAAAUAUCAUAUCUAUAUAUGAUAUUAGAGUCGGGUCCAUCCCUGUUUGGACUCCCGAUCCGUACGCUAGUUGGGUCUGAGCGUGAAGGGAGUGUUAGAGUGGGCUUGUGAACUUUGACAAUUCUUUGCUCAUGAGUCAUGAUCUAGCUUUUGGAUUUGAAUUAGGUCCAAGAUUCAUUUCUUGAUAGUGGAAGUAAGAAUUCAAAUGGAUUUUGUUUUGUUGUUAAAACUAUUCAACAUAUGUUUAAAAUCGAUUCUAUUCCAUCAGUUUCACUUUGUGAUUUGUGAGAGUUUACUAGAGGGAAAAGGGAAUAUUUGUGUUCUUAAUGGCAAAAUGGGAUUAUUUUGAUUAAAGAGCUUUUGGAUUUGAGAGAUGAUAAAUUUUUCUGUGGACUAAAAUGGGACGUGUCAUUGUAAGAUGUGACAGGUUGAGCAAAGUGAAUGUUUACCAAAAAAAGAAAAACAGGAUUUUGUGUAUGUAUUAUUACAGUUAAGAGCUAAAAACGGCAGCCCGGUGCACUUAAGCUUCCGCUAUGCGGGGGGUUCGUGGAAGGGAUGAACCACAAGGAUUUAUUAUAUGCAGCCUUACGCCACAUUUCUGGAAGAGGCUGUUUCCACGGUUUGAACCCAUGGCCUCCUGGUCACGCGAUGACAACUUUACCGGUUACUCCAAGGCUCCCCUCCCCUUCUUUACAGUAAAGAGCUGAAGGAACAUUUCUUGUUCUGUAGAAAAGACUAUACUUUUUGUGUGAAUCCAAUUGUGUAGGCGUUCUUGAAAACUUGGAACUUAUGAGACACCUCAAACGUAGGUUGUGGCACCAUGUGAGUUGGAUCACUUAGCCACGCUUCAUAACUAGAAAAACGAGCAUUGGUGGAAAUACAUGCCGCUCAGCCAAAGAAAGAUGUUGGAGGGUUGACCAAAAUGUGCACUAACGCUACAUAGUGUCAGAGAAGCCUGAAAGAAAUUGCGGGAUUAUAUGGCUCAAACAUAUCCUUGCAUGCCAUUCAAGAAUCUCGCCAGCGCUUUGGGUUGGAGUCUAGCACUGCUCUUUGCUUCAAAGCUGCAAAAAUUUCUGUCUUGCUUAUUGAUGAUGGAAUUGAGUUCGACAAAAAACUUGACAUCAAAUGGCAUAGAAGUUUCGUGCCAACAGUUGGUAGAAUACUACGAGUUGAGCGUGUAGCUGAAAAGAUUCUUGAGAAGGGUUCAAAUGGAACAUGGACACUGGGAUCAUUCAUGGAGAUUUUCACUGAGGAGUUGAAGUCAGUAGCGGAUACAGUUUUUGCAUUUAAAAGUAUAGUAGCAUAUCGCAGCGGUCUUGCAAUUAAUACAGAAGUUACUGAAAAGGAGGCUGAGGAGGGCCUUCAUGAUGUUUUAUGUGCUGGGCAUCCCAUACGAAUCUCAAACAAGAACUUCAUUGAUUAUAUCUUCCUGCAUGCUUUGAAGGUGGCUCAAAGUUAUGACUUGCCAAUGCAAAUACACACCGGUUUUGGGGACAAGGAUUUGGAUCUGCGGCUAGCUAAUCCACUCCAUCUUCGAAAUCUUCUUGAAGAUAAGAGAUUCAUGAAGAGUAGGUUAGUGCUUUUGCACGCGUCCUAUCCGUUCUCAAGGGAAGCUUCAUACCUGGCUUCUGUGUACUCUCAAGUCUAUCUUGAUUUUGGAUUGGCAAUUCCUAAGCUUAGCUUCCAUGGGAUGGUAUCCUCAGUGAAAGAACUCCUGGAGCUUGCCCCAAUGAAUAAGGUUAUGUUCAGUACUGAUGGAUACGCGUUUGCUGAAACCUUUUAUCUAGGUGCAAAGAAAGCGCGCGAAGUAGUAUUCUCUGUUCUACGCGAUGCAUGUGUUGAUGGGGAUCUUUCAAUUCCAGAAGCUAUUGCUGCCGUUAAAGAUAUUUUUGCAGAAAAUGCAAAGCAAUUCUACAAGCUUGAUGUUUCUUCAAGAUAUUCUGAUGUAAAACCUUUUUUAUCAUCUUCUUUCCAAGAGGAAGAGUUAAAUGGCUCAUUGAAGGAUGUCACCUUUGUUCGUAUUCUUUGGAUAGAUACUUCUGGCCAGCAUAGAUGCCGUGUUGUUCCGCAACAACGCUUCUAUAGUUCUGUGGAAAAGCACGGUGUAGGCUUAACUUGUGCAUGUAUGGGAAUGAGUUCAACAUCUGAUGGUCCUGCAGUGGAUACUAAUCUCACCGCUUCGGGAGAGAUCAGAAUCGUUCCUGAUUUAUCUACCAAAUGCAGACUCCCGUGGGCAAGACAACAAGAAAUGGUUUUGGCUGACAUGUACAUUGAGCCUGAUAAAAUUUGGGAAUAUUGCCCACGAGAAGCAUUGCGUCGAGUCUCUAAAAUUUUAAGAGAAGAAUUUGACUUGGCCGUGAAUGCAGGCUUUGAAAAUGAGUUUUAUCUUUUGAAGAGUGUACUUAGGGAUGGCAAAGAAGAAUUGGCACCAUUUGACAGGACUCCUUACAGCUCUACAUCAGCAUUUGAUGCUGCAUCCCCAAUACUUGAAGAGGUUUUUGCUUCUCUUCAAUCAUUGGAUAUUAUAGUCGAACAGUUACAUGCGGAAGCUGGGAAAGGCCAGUUUGAAAUUGCUCUGAAAUACACAGAAUGUUUUAGAGCAGCUAACAGCUUAAUUUUCACACGUGAAGUCAUCAGAGCAGUUGCAAGGAAACAUGGGUUGCUGGCAACUUUUGUGCCAAAGUAUGCGUUAGAUGAUAUUGGCUCCGGAUCACAUGUGCACAUCAGUUUAUCCAGGAAUGGAGAAAAUGUAUUUAUGGCAUCUGGUGAAUCAAAGUACGGGAUGUCAAAGAUUGGGGAAGCGUUCAUGGCUGGGGUGUUGAAUCAUCUUCCUUCCAUAUUACCAUUUACUGCACCGCUUCCUAAUAGUUAUGAUCGCAUACAACCUAACAUGUGGAGUGGAGCAUAUCUCUGCUGGGGGAAAGAAAACAGAGAGGCACCAUUGAGAGCUGCUAGCCCUCCUGGAGUUCCACAUGGCUUUGUAAGCAAUUUUGAAAUUAAAGCAUUUGAUGGAUGUGCAAACCCGUACCUCGGUCUUGCUGCUAUAAUUGCUGCUGGAAUUGAUGGCUUGCGGAGAAACUUAAGCCUUCCAGAACCAGUUGAUGGGGAUCCCGAUAUCCUUAAAGAGAAUCUUCAAAGAUUGCCGGUAUCUCUUGCUGAAUCUAUAGAAGCUUUAGAGAGAGAUACAUUAUUCAGAGAUAUGAUUGGUGAAAAGCUUUUGGUUGCCAUAAUAGGCGUUCGCAAGGCUGAGGUCAAAUACUAUUCUGAUAAUAAGGAAGGAUACAAGGACCUCAUUUUUAAAUAUUAGGGCGAUAAAAUGUACUAUGAAAUCAGUACUAUUCUUAAUUUCUUUCAUCUUAUACAAUUGCUUAAUAAGUUGGGGUCUACCGAAAACAUCUCUAUUUGUAUAUGGUAGGGGUAAGGUCCACGUACACACUACUCUCUCCAAACCACUUAUGGAAUUACACUGGAUAUAUGCUCGUUCUUUUUUUUAUACAAGUGAUUAAUAAAGCAUGUCUAUUAAUUUA